AUCCCUUCUUUCCUGUUCUCUUUCUUUCUUCAUCUCAAGAAUUUUUUUUUUUUUGAAAAAACUGAAUUUCAUCAAUGGUUUUCAGGUAUGAGAUCAAGACUCAUGAAACUAAGGUAAACCUUUUUGUCUUGGUCAAUUUCCCUGGUCAACAAUGUAAUUUAGUACUACUUAUCUUUUAAAAGCUUCUUUUCAUAGUUUCCACCUUUUAAUUUGAUUUUUCCUUCUCAAAGUAAGAAAAAUUCAGCUUAGAACAUAUCCUGUAGCAUGUUCCUGGUAAGUGGUAAGAGUAGAACACAUUUAUGUUCUUUAUUUUUUGAACCUUGUUAUAUAAUAAUCUCAGCAUUAUCAUUGAAUUUUAUAGCUUCAACAAGAGAGUUAUUUGUUAGACAUUAGGUUUUUGGAUAGAAGUCAUAGGACAAGUUCAUGGCAAAAAAUUGGUCUCAAUUCAAUGUUAUUAUGGAUACCUUCUUCUGUUUCUGUAUCCUUCUACAGUGUGAGAUUGUGUUUGCUAGUAUUCAAAGGGUAGGAAAGGUAUUUCCAGGUCUAGAAGGUUCUCAAAUGAAUUGGGUAGAUAGGGAUGGAAAGUUUCUUGUUUCCAACAAUGGAGAAUUCAACUUUGGGUUUGAUCAAACCCAAAAUGAUACCACAUUGUUUCUAUUAGCAGUGGUCCACACUGCUAGUUCCAAGGUUGUUUGGUCCGCGAAUAGAGCGGUUCCUGUUUCGAAUUCUGAUAAAUUUGUGUUUGAUGAGAAGGGUAAUGCCUUUUUGGAGAAAGGGGGGAAAACUGUUUGGUCUAGUGACACAAGUGGAAAAGGGGUUUCUUCAAUGGAAUUGAAGGACACUGGGAAUUUGGUUUUGAUUGGGAGUAAUGACAGUGAAGUGAUUUGGCAGAGCUUCGAUGAUCCGACUGAUACAUUGCUUCCAAUGCAGGAAUUCCAUAAGGGAAUGAAACUUGUUAGUGAGCCUGAUUCUAACAACUUUACCUAUGUUCUUGAGAUUGGAUCAUCCGGCGAUGUCACUCUUUCGGCCGUGUUACAAACUCUGCAACCAAUGCCAUAUUGGUCUAUGCAGAGUGACAGCCGCAGAAUCGUCAAUAGAGGUGGCAAUGAGGUGGCUUCGGCAACCAUUGUUGCGAAUGCUUGGAGGUUCUAUGACAAGAAUAAGUCAUUGUUGUGGGAAUUUGUUUUCAAAGAUAAUGAUGCUGUGAAUGAUACUUGGACUGCAGUGUUGGGAAGUGAUGGUAUUAUCACAUUCUACAGUCUCCAAAAUCAAGGAUUGGAUGGCGUCGCGCCAAGAAGAAUUCCAGAAUAUUCUUGCAGCACACCGGAGCCUUGUGAUACCUACAAUUUAUGCACCGGUGACAGAAAGUGCAGCUGUCCUUCUGUUCUAAGCUCUAGGCCUAAUUGCAAACCGGGUUUUGCCUCUCCUUGUAACUCGAAAGGUGCAAUUGAGCUAGUUAAGGCGGACGAUGGACUAAACUACUUUGGGCUCGGGUUCCUUUCACCCUUUUCGAGAACUGAUCUGAUUGGUUGCAAGACUUCCUGCAGUGAAAAUUGUUCAUGCCUUGCUAUGUUCUUCCAAGAAAGUUCAAGAAGUUGUUUUCUAUUGGAUUGGAUCGGAAGCUUUGAGAAGUCUGAUAAGGAUACUGGUUUUGUCUCUUACAUUAAGGUCUCUAGUGAUGGUGGCACUGACAAAGGUGAUGGUGGAAAUGGUAAUAAGCAAACCGUGAUUGUUGUGAUAAUUGUGGUUUUAACAUUGCUUGUUAUUUCUGGUAUGAUCUUUCUAGGCCUGAGAUACUACAAGAAAAGUGAACCUUCAGCCGAGACUCCCCAAGAGAAUUCGGAUGGUGACACUUUCUUGGAGAACUUAACUGGCAUGCCAAUUCGCUAUGGCUACAACGAUCUUGAAAUCGCAACUAAUAACUUCUCUGAGAAGCUUGGGCAAGGGGGUUUCGGCUCGGUUUACAAAGGAGUCCUACCAAAUGGAACAGAACUAGCUGUGAAAAAGUUGGAAGGAAUUGGCCAGGGGAAGAGAGAGUUCAGAGCUGAAGUUAGCAUAAUUGGUAGCAUUCAUCAUCACCAUCUGGUUCGGCUUAAAGGAUUUUGUGCCGAAGGAACUCACCGGCUUCUUGCUUAUGAGUACAUGGCUAAUGGCUCCUUGGAUAAAUGGAUAUUCAACAAAAACAAUGCAGAAUUUUCAUUGGAUUGGGACACAAGGUUCAAUAUAGCGCUUGGAACUGCGAAAGGACUCGCAUACCUUCAUGAGGAUUGUGACUCAAAGAUUGUUCAUUGUGAUAUCAAACCAGAAAAUGUGCUUCUAGAUGAGAACUUCAAUGCCAAAGUUUCAGAUUUUGGUCUGGCUAAGCUCAUGACGCGCGAACAAAGCCAUGUUUUCACAACACUAAGGGGGACUCGAGGGUAUCUCGCCCCAGAGUGGAUAACAAACUACGCCAUAUCAGAGAAGAGUGAUGUAUACAGCUAUGGUAUGGUUUUGUUAGAGAUAAUUGGCGGCCGGAAAAACUAUGAUCCGGCCGAAAGCUCGGAGAAAUCCUAUUUCCCAUAUUUUACAUUCAAGAUGAUGGAAGAAGGGAAACUAAGAGACAUUGUUGAUUCAGAAUUGAAAGCAUAUGAAGAUGAUGAGAGGGUAGAGAUUGCAAUCAAAGUUGCAUUGUGGUGCAUACAAGAAGACAUGAAUCUAAGGCCUUCAAUGAGCAAAGUUGUGCAAAUGCUUGAAGGUCUUUGCACUGUUCCUAAGCCACCAUCAAGAUUUUCUCCAUUAGGAUCUAACAUUCACUCAAUUCCUUUUUCUAUGUCAACUAGUGAGGCUGGAACUUCUUCAUCAGCACCAUCAGAUACUAACACUGAAGCUUUUCUCCGUGGGGUUCAACUUUCAGGGCCAAGAUAAGUAGAUAACACUAUAAUUCUACCUUUUUUUUUGUUUCUCUCUUUUCAUAACCUUUUUGUUUUUGAGGUGUUAAAUGAAAAAGGUGUCAGUUGUAGACGUUUAGAUAAGUAGUUACUUGUGCAGAGUUUGCACUUAUUAAAUUCUUGUAAAAUUUUGCUAUAUACUCAAACU